GAGACAACUAUAAUGUUUCGGGCCUCCCAAUUGGCAAGUGAGGAGACUUUGCCUGCUUUGGGUUUGCUAACAAUAAAAGAUGACAAUGAACCUGAUAUAACAUCACAGCUAAAUUUGAAAACCGGAAAACUUAAACCCGGCGGUUAUGGCCUUGUCACAGUGUUACGCUCACACCGGCGACCCAAAUAUCCAAUUGCCAUUGUAUUUAUCUUGAUGACCAAAUUGUUUGAGGCCUUUGCUGCAAAUGGUAUUCGAACAAUAUUGGCAUUGUAUUUGCGCGAUGAUUUAUACUUCAGCGAAAGUCUGUCCACCGUACUACUGCAUGUCUUUAAUUUCUUUGGCCAAUUUUGUCCCAUCUUUGGAGCUAUACUUGCGGAUAGUUAUAUUGGUAAUAUAAGGACUAUAAAUGGAUUUUAUAUCAUUUAUGCCUUUGGUUGGAUUCUGUUGGUGUUUACAUCACUGCCAUAUGCUGGAGUUUCAUUGAUAUUUUUAGUAUCCGUCUCCUUGCUGCUGAUAGCCAUAGGAAAUGGUUCGACUCGUGCAUGUGUUACAUCCUUGGGUGCUAUACAAUUUCAACUGCCCGAUCAAGCUAAACAAUUAGCCGAAUAUUUUUCUCUAUACUAUUUAAUCUAUUAUAUUGGAAUAUUUUUGAGUAAAAUAAUACCGCCAAUGAUACGAGCCAAUACCUAUUGCUAUAAUAAAAAUGAAUGUUAUCCAGCGGUGUUUGGUACAUUGGGUUCGUCGUUUUUUAUGGCAUGGAUAACAUUUAGCUUGGGCAGAUUGUAUUAUAAAAGCGAAAAGUUGGCCGAAGAGAGUAUUUUAAUAAAAUUCUAUGGCUGUAUUAAGCAUGCAUUGCGUAAACGUUGGAAUCGCAAAGCCGAUGAUAAGAAACCUUCAUAUUGGUUGCAUUAUGCCGUGGGACGUUACGAGGAAUCAUUUGUAAGCGACGUGGCUAAAGUAUUGAAGCUAGUCAAACUAUUUCUUCCACUGCCAAUUUACUUUGCAUUAUUGGCUCAACAAGAUUCCAGUUGGACAUUUCAAGCAUCGCUGAUGAACACCACCAUUGUUGAUGGUCUAACAAUUCAGCCCGACCAAGCCAAAGCAAUGGGACCAAUAUUUCUCUUCAUUUUAAUACCCCUGUGGCAAUAUGUUGUACGACCUUUACUGAAAUUUCUAUUUAAAUAUGAAUUGAAACCAUUGCACAGUGUUACGGUAGGUGGAGUAUUUUCAGCGCUCUCAUUUAUAUCAGCCGGUAUUUUACAACGUUAUAUAUUUUCAAUGCCCUAUAAAUCGGUAAAUGUUAUGUGGCAAGUACCCCAGUUUAUUUGCAUAAUGUUGGGAGAGCUGUUGUUAUCUAUACCGGGAUUGCAGUUUGCUUUUACACAGGCCCCCGCCUCAAUGAAAUCCGUUGUGACCGCAGCAUGGUUCCUCAACAAUGCAUUUGGUAAUUUAAUUGUUGUCAUUAUUACCGAACUGCAUAUGUUUCGGACGCAAAGUGAUGAAUUUUUCUUCUAUGCUGUCAUGAUGGUGGUAUCAAUUGUCCUCUACACCUAUCUCGCCUAUGAUUAUGAACUACGACAAUAUGAACAAAGUGAUUAUCAAGUGUCAAUGGAAGUUGUUGUUGCUGCAGAGAAAAUACCUCUCAUAAAUGGAAAACAACAAACCCGAGAAAUGGUACAAAGUGAUGAUACACCCAGCACAAGUAAAAGUACACUUAUUAAAUUAUAA